ACAAUUGACAAGUGACGUGCUUCGUACAAUCGCUGUAGGUCUCAGGUAGCGCUUUGCGAUUAAACUUGUCGUUUUAUUUGAGGUAUGCAGUAUAUUGUGUAAUUUACAGUUUCUGUCUCCGAAGUCCCGGUCGCAUUCUCAAGUUAACCUCAGCAUAUAAAUUAUUGGCCGUAUAGCGAUCUUCAUAAUCCCGGUGUUAAAAGUUCGAGUCAUUGCAUAAUGCCGGCACGAGCAGUUUGCGUAUUGAACGGCGACGUUAGCGGGACCGUGUUUUUCGAUCAAAAGGAUGACAAGUCACCAGUGGUAGUAUCCGGUGAAGUCAAAGGUCUCUUGAAGGGUUUACAUGGGUUCCACGUACACGAGUUCGGCGACAACACCAACGGCUGCACGUCCGCGGGGCCUCACUUCAACCCCCUGAAGCAGGACCAUGGCGCCCCGGACGCGGCGGUCCGCCACAUCGGAGACCUGGGCAACAUCGAGGCAAGCAGUGAUAGCGGAGUUACCAAGGUAUGCAUCCAAGACUCGCAAAUUUCCCUAGUAGGGCCUAACAGCAUCAUUGGCCGCACGCUGGUGGUACACGCAGACCCUGACGACAUGGGCAUCGGAGGCCAUGAGCUCAGCAAGACGACGGGGAAUGCCGGUGCCCGCAUCGCUUGCGGUGUCAUUGGCUUGGCCAAAGCCUAAACGUGCAAACGUUGGCCCAAUAUGUGCAAUUUCUAUUAUCAACAGUAACUAAAGUCCCCUGUCCUGCCAUUAUUGGCCACUAUGGUGUUUCACAUGAUAAGUCUCACACUCUUGCUUUGAUUUUCACUACUCAAUGCCUGAUUUCUCUGCAUUAUGAGAAAAUAAAGUUAUUAAAUCUGAGAUACUAAGCCAGUUUAAAGUUAAGCUGAUUAAUUAAAUAAACUUUGUAUGGUGGUUGCAAAAUUUUAGUUAUUAACUUGUCAAAAGUACUGACGUUUAUAUCAAAGGUCAUGGUCCACCUUUUAUGAAUCUGUUUAUCAUAUUGUUGCAAAUGGUUAUCAUAUAUUGUUGUUUCAAUAUCUUUACUGAAAAACUACUUUUCAAUGGAAAAAUGUUUUUUUUAUUAUUAAUGGAGGCUACUGUUGAUCUAUUGCUGUCCUUUUUCAACCUUAUGUGUUUUAAAUAGCUUAUAGAUAUCAAAGUAUAUUUGACAUAUUGGAUGAAUGAAUGAAAGAUACUAUUCAUGAUGCACAUUGGAUGUUUCUAUUUCCAUAUAUACGCAUAAUAACCCUUAUGAAGCAUUUAGAAAUUGAUCAAAUAACCUUUCAUUGUUAUAAGGUAAAAUGUUUAAGAAAAAUAUUUGAAUUUCUAUUCCACACUGUGACUAAAGGGAAAAGACAGAUAUGAGAUUAAAGGAGAAACAUUAAAAGAUAAAUCAGGCUAAAUAAUUACGACGCUUAUCAAACUAAAUAGCAAUGAUACUUUUAAACACAUAAUAAGCUUCUUGUUUGUUUUGUAACAAAUUCGUAAUUAUGUAAAUACCACAUAUGCAAAUCCAUCAGCAAAAUGCCAAAAAUAAUCAGACAGUGGGAUAAAAAAUUUCCCAAAACGAAUACAGUAAGGUAACUUGUGCAGAUCUAAAGAAAACAUGCUGGUACAUUGUAGUCACAAGCUAAAUUGUUUCUCCAUCUGUCUUUUUCUGAAGAUCUGUGAAUUAAUUAUUGUAAAAGUAAGUUAUUAGAUAUAGUAAAAUAACAAAAAAUAAACUGUCUUGCUAUUUCCCUAAAGUACCUAUGUUUAGCAUUCCUAGUUGUAUUUCAAAAAUAAAAUUAUGUUGUUUAUAUUCUUGUUAAAUACUUUAAAUUGUAAGUACUUGGUUCCUGGUGUAAUGAUAUUGUAAAAUGUCAUAAAAGUCGGUUUCUGGGAGUUUUUUAAAAUAAAUACUUUAUUAAUUAAAA